GGGGCGAGCGGAGAGCGCGCGGCGCGGAGAGGCCGGAGCGCGACGCGCCUGCGCGACCCGGGGGCCCCGAGCCCGCGGCGCGAGCGGCCGCCACGGACAUGCGCGGGACGGAGCCGGGGGGGCGGCCGCGGCUCGGCGCGGCAAUGAGAGCGCCCGGCCACUAGACAGCCGGUCCCCACGGCACAGCGGCUCCGGAACAAGGCACAAUGUCAGUGGCGGGCAUCACUGCUCAGGAGAUCGGGGUGCCGCUGAAAUCUGGGUUUCUGCACAACGGCCAGGCCCUGGGGACACUGGGGAGCUGCUGGGGACCUCGCAGCAACUUGGACAGUUUCCUGGGUCUCGACCCCAUAACCAUGGCCUGCAGGCUGAACUCGGCAGCCCCGGAGCACCUGCCCAGUCUUGGGCGCGCUCCCAAGGCGGCGCGGCUGAAGGGCAGCCUGCCCCCCCUCACCAUCCCCCCGAGCGAGGACCCGGGCCCCUGGGAGGAGGAGCGGCUGGCGGGGGGCUUGAAAAGACUGUCGCUGAGCGGGGCCUGCGCCCCCACCCCGCCGCUGACGCCUAGCCGGGCCUCACCCGCCCCGUUCCUGGGCACGACCCUGGGAGAGCGCGGCUCCCGGCCGCUGCCCCCGCUGCCCAUCUCCGAGGACCUGUCUGGGGACGAGGCGGACAGCGAGGUGCAGUUCCUCACCAGCUCGGACACGGCCUUGCUGCUGGGCCACUGCGCACUGCCCGACUUCCAGGCUGACCUGCCGGGCCGCCGCAGCUUCCGGGGCUGCGGGCAGAUCAACUACGCCUACCUGGACACGCCCGCGGCGUCCGCCACCGACCUGGACCAGGCACCCGAGGCCGAGGCCGAGGAGGCCAGCCCAGUGCCGCUGCAGGCCCGCCGCCGGCUGCGGCGCUCGCACUCAGGCCCCGCCGGCUCCUUCAGCAAACCCUCGGCCGGCCGCGCCCACGCGCACCGCGCCUCCCCCAACUCCGACGACGACAAGCCCGAGGUGCCGCCCCGGGUCCCCAUCCCGCCCCGGCCCGCCAAGCCCGAUUACCGGCGGUGGUCGGCCGAGGUCACGUCCACCACCUACAGCGACGAGGACAAGCCCCCCAAAGUGCCGCCGCGGGAACCCCUGUCCCGGAGCAACUCCCGCACGCCGAGCCCCAAAAGCCUUCCGUCUUACCUCAACGGGGUCAUGCCCCCCACGCAGAGCUUCGCCCCGGACCCCAAGUACGUGAGCAGCAAGGCCCUGCAGCGGCAGCACAGCGAGGGCGCGGCGGGCGCGGCGCCCUGCAUCCUGCCCAUCAUGGAGAACGGCAGGAAGGUGAGCUCCACGCACUACUACCUGCUGCCCGAGCGGCCGCCCUACCUGUGCCGCUACCAGCACUUCCUGUGCGAGGCCCAGGAGCCCGGCGCCCGCCUGCCCGCGCCCCCCGCCGAGCGGCCGGACCCCAAGGCCAGGCUGGAGCUGGGAAGCCCCGGCAAGCGCAAGCACGGCGCCUACGUGGUGUCACCGUAGACCGACCACCGCCCCCGGCUGCCCACAGGCUCGCCGAGGGUCCGGCCCGCCGGGCAGGGGCGAGGCGCGCCAGGACGCCGAGGACCCAACUGUCUGUCUGUCUGUCCGCCCGGGCCCUGGGUCUCAGCCCGCUGCAGGGCCCCCGCAUGGCCUAGAGAGCCGUGUGGUCGCCCCCCAACCCCGUCCUAGAGGGAUUGAUCCCCGGAGCGCGGGAGGGGCCGAGACUGCUGGCGUCCGUGUUUCUGCUUGGUGGCGGUGGCGGCCCACCCGUCCUCAGCCCCCCGAGACUAGACCUGGCCCCCUCCCCCGGCAGAGCGCAGCCAGCCCAUGGCGGAUUCGUUUGAAGCCAUCAUCAUGGGACAGUUUUGUGAUUGCAGGUUCAAAUACGGGAUGCGUGUUGUGCUUGGUUUUUAUUUUUUAUUUCUAGACUGUAUCAGAAAAACGUCCGACACAAGCUGGCCUUGUGUUGCCGGUUCCUCUUCAGUAUUUCCUGGGGGAUCGUUUGCUUUGAGAGUAAACCCCGUGGGCGCAGUGGCGGGCUGCCCUCCCGCCAGAGGCCGCGCGGCGCCCCCACCCCCCCCCUGCAGCUGCCACGCGCCCUCCCCCCACCCCCUGCUUCCACGGCCCAGUCUUGUCUAGCGAAGCCCACGAGGUGCUGACUAACGGGGCACAUUACUACGAUGUUCUCUUAACAGUUAAAAGAGCUGUUUACAGUUUCAACUGCUGAGUGAUAGUAUUCGAGCUAUUGAAAAGCUUCUAUUUUAGUAUGAACUAAAUGAAGGUUAAAACUUGCUUUAGAGAAAUGCACUGAUUUCUGCAUUAUAUGUACAGUAUUGGACAGAGGACUUUGUUCAUUUUUGUUGCAUUAUUUGGAAUAUUGUCUUUUCAUUUUAAUAAAGUUAUAAUACUUAUUUAUGA